CUUUUCCAUUAUUUGUACUUGCCAUGGGUCGUCGUCCUGCUCGUUGCUACCGUUACUGUAAGAACAAGCCUUACCCCAAGUCUCGUUACUGCCGUGGUGUCCCUGAUGCCAAGAUUAGAAUCUACGAUUUGGGUCGUAAGAAGGCUCAUGUUGACGACUUCCCUCUCUGUAUCCACUUGGUGUCCAACGAAUACGAACAAUUGUCUGCUGAAGCUCUUGAAGCCGGUCGUAUCUGUUGUAACAAGUACAUUACCAAGACCUCUGGUAAGGAUUCCUUCCACAUGCGUAUCCGUGUCCAUCCUUACCAUGUGACCCGUAUCAACAAAAUGUUGUCUUGUGCUGGUGCUGAUAGAUUGCAAACUGGUAUGCGUGGUGCUUUUGGUAAGCCCAAUGGUUUGGUUGCUCGUGUUAACAUUGGUCAAAUCAUCUUCUCUGUCCGUACCAAGGAUUCCAACAAGGCUACUGUCAUUGAAGCUUUGAGACGUUGCAAGUACAAGUUCCCUGGUCAACAAAAGAUCAUCAUCUCCAAGAAGUGGGGUUUCACUCCUCUUUCUCGUGAAGACUAUGUUACUGCUCGUGCUGAAGGCAAGCUUCUCCCUGAUGGUUGUUAUGUCAAGUUCGUUCCUCAAAAGGGUGCUCUUACCAACUAUUUCGAUAUGGCUUCCCGUGUUUAGAUGGUUUACCUAGUUUAUAGUAAUAUAUCUCCCUCCUUUUUUUUUGAAUAAAAAGAAAUGAAAUCAUUACUCUCGUCAUAUCUAAA